AGUCUCAGCUUCACAGCAGUUUGAAAGCGCGCAAAAUAAUGUGAAUUCAAUUGUUUUUGUUUGGUUGAAUUUCGAUAAAAUCAAUUAAUUAGAAAUAAUACGAUGGACUCCACAAUUUCAGUUUCAAAGGGCGUCUUCGUGUUCAAAAACGGUGCCACCAAGGCUAAAACCCGCCGUCAACGGCAAAAAUGUAACAGCCUGUUGGAUCGUGCGACGACGAACGCUUUGUGGUAUCGAAGUUACCGGAAACUAUGGCUUAAGAUUCGAGACCAACUGGACAGGCUCCAGUCGGGCAGUUAUAGCAAAAUUUUAGACGAUUUGCUCAGCUUCGUGGAGGGAAGCUACCAAAGCUUGGAAUAUGGUGGCGUCCUGCCAACGGCCGCUCUGCUGACCGGGAUCAACCAAAUCGAUCAUAUGGUUCAGUUUGGAACGUUGGCCGGGAAAAUUCGAAACAACACAUUUUCGCUGGUAGUGCUACUGCAGUCUAGGGAUUGUCCCACCAUGAAGGCUGCCGUGGAGACGCUCGUUUCCGGCUUUGUUGAAGACAAUCGUACGUUGGAGGAGGACGAUAGCGAGAGUCGUCGAUUGAGAAGAAAUCAGCUGAAUCUAGGGGUGUUGCGAGCAUGGUAUCUGGAGAAGCACGAACAUCUGGACCGAAAACCUAAUCUCACGGUAAUUGUGCCGGAUUUUGAGCUAUUUAAUCCGGAAGUGCUGCAGGAUUUGUUGCUGGUACUAAAUUCGUAUGCAGCGGAAUUACCAUUUGUGCUGAUAUUCGGCGUGGCUACGUCGGUGACAACAAUUCACAGCGUGUUGCCAUACCAUGUGACAAGUAAAAUCAAGCUAAGCAUAUUUCAAACCGAACCAUCGAUCGUGAAUUUGAACAAGGUACUGGAGAAUGUUUUACUGACACCCUACUGUCCGUUUCAUUUGUCUGGCAAAAUGUAUAAAGUUUUGACUGACAUAUUUUUGUUUUAUGAUUUCUCUGUGAAAGGAUUCAUUGAGGGAUUCAAGUACGCUCUCAUGGAACAUUAUUGCCGUGGAUCCAUGUAUGCUCUAUGCAGCGUGACUAGUGAUCGAGAAGAUUUGGAAGAAAUUGUGGAACAGCUGAGUGCUGCUGAUUUGGAAGACAUCAGGCAGUUGUUAUCAUUUCGACGGCUGAUCGAAUCCCUAAAUAAUCCCCAGGAAGUGGUGGAUUAUCUGACAAAAGAUGACUACCUACGUCGAAUGUUACCAUCGAUACUACUAGAAGUGCACAACUUCUGGUUCACCUUUCAUUGCACACUGGAGGUGCUACUGGUCCUGGUUCAGGACUUACCUAAAGCUCCUUUGGGAAAACAAUUGAGAGAACUUUACUCUCAGUGCAUAACCACGGAUGUAACCCAAACAGAUGAAUACCGGGAAUGCAUUCAAUUUGUGUCAUUCAUGUCCAAAGAAGAAAUUCUCUCGAAGCUGCUUAAGAUGCUGGAAGUGAUCGACAAAUAUAUGAGAAGAAACGAUGAGGCUUCGAUAAACGGAGAAACAAUUUUUGAACUGGAAGCAUUGGAGACGAUCUACAAUAAUUUGGAACGAUUUACUAAGGAAAUUUGUUCAGCUGGUAUGGAACGAGUUUUGAUAGACGCAUCCGAGACCGGAUCCUCGAUCGUUUCGCCAAAAAUGAAUCGUCAAGAGUUGAAAGAAAAACUCUUGAAUGCUGCUCGUCAACCGAAAGUGGAAUCUCCAUUCAUGAGGUCGAUCAGUAGUAUGAUUUCGCACCUCACCAACGACAUUUUCCGAAAAUAUCUACGUCCAUUCAAUCGAGGCCCUCCCUUGAUAGAACUGUUUGUGUACAGCGACUCGGCUACGAUUCGACGGCACAUAGUAGGAGCGCCACGUGGAGCAGUUCAUACGGCACUCAACAAUCCACACUACUAUCUGGAUUGCAAAUGCUGCGCACUGGACGAAGAUUGCAGUUUAGUUCCGACGCUUCCGGAUUUGUCGGUGGCGUACAAACUGCAUCUGGAGUGCGGACGGAUGAUCAAUCUGUUCGAUUGGCUGCAGGCUUUCCGCUCCGUUGUCGAUGAAGUUGGAGCUGAUGACACUCAAGAGCGACAGGUUGAUCCCAAGAUACAAGCACGGUUUACAAGGGCAGUGGCCGAACUGCAGUUUUUAGGCUUUAUAAAAUCGUCGAAGCGGAAAACCGAUCAUGUCGCCCGGUUAACCUGGUAAGUUUUAGUUUUGCUAUAAUUUGUUUUAUGAAUAAAGCUUCGUAAUUUAUUAAUGGG